UAAUUAUCAUGUUUUGGAAAUGGUUGUACGUACCUAGUGAAAAAUUACUUCGAAUUGUAAACGGCUAUUGUGUUAAAAUGUGACAGUUCCAAAUAUGAAUAUCCUUUAUUCCGAAUUUGAAUAAGAUAAUAGUAUUUUUUUUAGUUGCGCAGAAGGACGGUAUUUAUAGAUUAUGAUUUACAAUUAAACAAACAAUAAUAAAAUAUAUUAACGCUAUUUAAAUUUAAAUAAUGUGUAUUCAAUAAAUAUAUCGGAGUAUUUAUACAUAUACUAGUGAUAAAUGGACUGGCUUCUCGUAUAAUGGAGUUAGAGUGGCAUUAAUUCAGGUUCAACGAACUUCGGCUUCAACUAGCAAUGGCAGUGAGGCAUCAGAUAAUCCUGUAUGUGGCCACGUUAUUCGAAGUAGACAACACAUUAUAGAUACUAAAAGAUGUGGUUGGCACUUCUAGCGAUCGUGUUAGUUAUCUGCCUUCUACUCUAUCUUGACACAAUCAAGCCCAAGAACUUUCCCCCGGGACCAAGAUGGCUACCGAUCGUCGGUAGCGCUAUUGAAGUGUCCAAACUUAGGGAGAAACACGGAUACCUUUUUAAAGCUGUAGAUAUCCUUUCAAAGAAAUAUUCCAAAGAUGGAGCCAUUAUGGGACUCAGAAUUGGUAAAGAUAAAAUUGUAAUGAUAAACAGUCUAGAAAUUAAUAAAGAAAUGUUCACUAAUGAAGAUAUUGAAGGGAGACCUAAAGGUAUAUUUUAUCAAACAAGAACAUGGGGCCAAAGGAGAGGCGUUUUACUCACAGAUGGAGAACUGUGGAGGGAACAGAGAAGAUUCCUGUUGAAGCACUUGAAAGAGUUUGGUUUUGGUAGACGUGGUAUGGGAGACAUCGCUUGCCAUGAAGCAUCUUGUAUGAUCAGAGACGUGGAGAAUAUAUUGAAGACGAAACAGCCGCCGAUUGUGUAUAUGCAUAACUUUUUUAACACAUACAUUCUAAACACUUUAUGGUUUAUGAUGGCGGGGAUCAGAUACAAUCCCACAGAGCCACAGAUGGUACUAUUACAAAAAUUAUUAUUUGACUUGUUUUCUGCUGUGGAUAUGGUGGGCACGGCUUUCAGCCAUUUUCCAAUUCUGUGUGUGUUAGCGCCAACGAAAUCAGGUUUCAAAGAUUUCGUCAGAACUCACAAGAGAAUAUGGAGGUUCCUUAGGGAAGAAAUCGCUAAACAUAAGGAGAAUUUUAACCCAGAAAAAGAAGGUAAAGACUUUAUGGACGUUUACUUAAGAGUUUUGCAAGAGCGCGGAGAAGUGGACACAUACUCUGAAGACCAGCUGUUGGCUAUUUGUAUGGACAUGUUCAUGGCGGGGACGGAGACUACCAACAAGAGCAUGAGUUUUGGAUUCAGCUAUAUGGUCAGAGAUCCUAGUAUUCAGAAGAAAGCACAAGAGGAAAUAGACAGAGUUGUUGGCAAAGAUCGAGCGCCAAAUUUGGAUGACCGUGACAAUAUGCCGUACUGCUACGGGAUCGUGUAUGAGAGCAUCAGGCACUUCAUGGCGAGAACUUUCAGCGUCCCGCACCGAGCCACCAAGGACACCAAGCUAGCUGGCUACGACAUACCUGAGGACACGAUGGUAGUGAACAACUUCACCAGAUUCCUAAUGGACGAGGAACUUUAUCCAGACCCGAUGGAGUUCAAGCCAGAGCGGUUUAUCGUCGACGGAGCUAUCAAACUACCUGACCACUACUUCCCCUUCGGUCUCGGCAAGCACCGCUGCUUAGGAGACGUGCUUUCCAAGUGCAACAUCUUCAUUUUCACCACCACAAUCCUUCAGAAGUUCACAUUCUUGCCGCUAGAUGGCGAGAUGCCUUCGCUAAGGCACGUAGAUGGCGCCACCGCUUCAGCUGCGCCGUUUAAAGCACGAAUAGUGCCACGUAACAUUAGUCUAUAACUGCGGCUAUAAUCGCGGUGCAGAUUGCCAACUUUGCGGUUUUUCAUUGCAGUUAAUAAAUCUCUCAUACUAGUUUGUAUGACGCAAUGUUUAAUUAAGUAUUCGCGUCGGCAUCUGUGUUGAUAGUGUUGUUCGACGAUAGUAAUGUAGCCGGCAUAAUAUUUGGGCACAUGUUUGAGACAGUAAGUAAUGCUUUAGAUUUUUGUUACUGAACCAAAUAAAAUGUUACGGUCAUUUAAUUAAUAUGCUAUAAGACAAGUAAUUAAAAUAAAAUAGAUGUAUCAAGAUCAUUUUUGGGAAGAGUUUCGAGAAGAUCGAUUCGAGAAGAUUUGGGUAGAUUUUUACAUAGCCGAAACGCAAUGUUUUAGCUACUUUAAUGACGAAUAAAAAUCUGCUCAUUGUGCUCAUUGCUCAGUAGAGAUUAUAUGAACGUACGCAAAAGUAUAUGAUUCGUCUAUGACAUCACUAUGGACGAAAAAAUAUUAUCAAUGAUUUUUGUGUUAUAAAUACGAGGCGUGUGCCUCGUUUUAUUAUCUAAAAUAUUUAGUUUCAUAAAGGUGUGUUGGGAUGUUAAUAAAUAAUCUGUAGUUACAGUAACUAAUGUAAUACGUAUUUACAGAAGUUAAGAUGAUAAUACUUUCUUUCGAUUUUUUCAUGUAUACAUUUUCUUCUUCUUGUCGACAACAUAUUUUUGACCUUCCCCUUGCCUUAAAAACCUUUUCUGCUGUUGGUAUUAUUAUAUUAUUUAUUUCAUUCCGUUUGUCUUUAAAUGUAUAUAUUUUUUUAAAUCUCUAAAUAUAGCAUGUUAUUGGCUUCGUAACUUUACUGAGAUCAGUAGUAAACACCAACAAGUAUAGUCUGGCAAAAAAAUUAAGAAAAUAAAUGAUGGCAACACUGGGCUUUUAUCGACCAAUCUUGAUCAUUCUAUUUCGUAUUGCAAUGGCAAAAAAAAAAGUUUGUUCAAAAUCCGAUUUCUUAAAUUUCUUGGUAGACUAAUUGUUGUUUUAGUUAUGUUAGUACUAAAAUUAUGUUUACUUAAUAACAUAUUGUGGUCGAAUUUGAACUCAGUGCCCAGUAAUGUGUACCUACUGAUAGAAGACAAUACAUUUUUUUUUAGAAUUUUGUCUUUCUGUUUUUAUGUUUGUUCGCGCAUCACGCAAAAUCUACUCCAUAGAAGUAGAUGCAGGUUUUCAAUAAGCCGGCGCACGUAAUAGCGAAGCUAGUUAAAAUAAAAUCAAUUUAGCAUCUUCUGAUAUUACAAGAAAUCUUCCAUGUUCAUUAUUGUGUAAUAAUUUCGAUAAUAUAAAUUAAGUGUAUGUAACAAAUAAAUAAUUCGUAUUGCGAAA